GUGAGCAGUCUGAGCAGCCCAGGAAAGCAACAUGCUGCACAAGCAGGGCUGAGUUGCAAGUAGGAUAUCAUACAUGUGCCUGAUGCCUGUUGGUCAUUAUGGAUGAAACUUCAAGCUCUGAUCGUGCCUUCAUACCAUCUACUUUUGAUGGCUCUCACCAGGAAGUUGCCAUAUUGUCUGGCAGCGUUGGUGGGUGGAGUACCCAUCAGUUCAAUAGCAGUCAUGCUAUUUGGCAUGGGGAAAACUUCACUGAAUCACCAGAAAAUAGGACAAUUACCCAGCCAGCAAUGGACUUUGACCCAUUAGGAGGACAUACAGUCUUGCAGGUUGUAGUAAUUGUCUUCCUCACUGGGUCACUUUCACUUGUUACUAUUCUUGGGAACAUCUUAGUUCUGUUGUCCUUCAAGAUCAAUAAGACGCUGAAGACUGUGAACAACUACUACUUGCUGAGCUUGGCGUUCGCUGACCUGACCAUUGGCACACUAUCAAUGAACUUGUAUACCACCUACAUCAUCAUGGAUCAAUGGGCUCUGGGCCCGGUGAUCUGUGACUUGUGGCUUGCAAUUGACUAUGUAGCCAGCAAUGCUUCAGUCAUGAACCUCCUUGUCAUUAGCUUUGACAGGUAUUUCUCUGUGACCAGGCCUUUGACCUAUCGUGCAAAGCGUACAACCAAGCGAGCCAUGACUAUGAUUUGUUUAGCUUGGUCCAUAUCAUUCAUUCUUUGGGCCCCAGCCAUCCUGUUCUGGCAAUACAUCGUUGGAGAGCGGACAGUGCCGCCUAAUGAAUGCUUCAUCCAGUUUCUGUCUGAGCCCAUUAUUACAUUCUGCACUGCUAUAGCUGCGUUUUACUUGCCAGUUACUAUAAUGACAACCCUGUUUUGGAAGAUCUAUCAGGAGACAGAGAAACGUGUUAAGGAUAUGCAGGGUCUUAAGGGCUCUGGUGCAGGAAACAGCCAGACUCAAAAUCACAGGAGUGGCAAUGGUGUGACCAAGAGCAAAACGGAAAAACCAGACACAACUUCAACACAACAAAUGAGUGCCACGAACGACAGGAGCGAUGAGCAAAAUCAACUGCCUUCAGACAACACAAAUGACAACUCAAGUAUUCCAAGAGGAAUGGGAAGCAGAGGGAUAUGUGGAGUAUUCCUCUUUCAGUUUUCAUCACAUUUAUGCCAGGGUUUUAAAAGGGCUGAAACCACUGCCAGAGCAGAGCAGAGUUGCUGUGACAGUUUAAAUAACAAUGAUCCUUCAGAGGAGGAAGAGGAAGUCAAUGAUGCAGACCAAAUAAAACUUGCGACAGAUGGAAAGAAGACUAAAAGGGCAAAGGACAAGGACAGAAAAUCAUCAGGGUCAACCCAUUCACUGCCUGCUGACACAUCCCCUGGAAAUAUCUCCAUAACAGAUGCGGCCAUGGCGAAGAAGUUUGCCUCGAAAGCCAAGACAGAGGCUAACAAGCGCAAGAAUGACAAAAAGGCAAAUGACAAGAAAGCAGCACGAACACUGAGUGCCAUCCUUUUGGCCUUCAUUACGACUUGGUUGCCAUACAAUAUAAUGGUCUUAGUUAACACCUUCUGCCAAGACUGUAUCCCAGGAACGCUUUGGGCACUGGGCUACUGGUUGUGUUACGUGAAUAGCACAGUCAACCCUAUGUGCUACGCCCUGUGUAACAAGACUUUUCGAACAACGUUCAAAGAUAUCCUAAUGUGCCAGUGGAAUCAAAAUAAAAGCAAGCUUCAAUUUAAUAAGAGGAAUACUGCAGCUUGCCGAAAGAAAGAUCAAAUGUAGACCAGAAAGUAUGAUUCAAAUAUUACAAUUUCGAAAUUGUAGUUUGGCAAGACAUGCUUACCCUACUAAAACAACAGACCUGUACUCCGAUCCUCAGAAAUUCCAAUACUCUUCCCAAAGACAAAAGUAUUCACAAACUAAUUUGAGCUUUGUGAACAGAUUUGUGACAUCAGAAUUAAGCACAGUGUUAAAGAAUUAAGCACAGUGUUAACAUAAAUGCAGACCUACUUCUCCUAAGAUUAUGUUACAUGCAGGGCCCCCCAUUUGCUGGAACAGACGAAU